AUGUGCCAAAAAGCAAAAAGGGAGAAAGUGAGACUGCAGAGAGCGCCAGAAGAACCUGCUCGCGAAGAAAGAGUCCGAAAAUUUGUCCCCAGCCGCGAGGAAGAGCAGAAAAAGUGCGUGCCGAAAAAGGUGGACCUGGAGAUCAUCCUGGAUGUGAGUACCUCGAGAGAAGAUGUAUUCGAAGGGCAGCGUCAAUUGGCGAUGGCUCUCGUGGAAAGGCUGCCUAUCGAAUCCGACCACAUCGCCAUCGGCAUCACCUCAUUCACACGAGAACCCAAGCUCCUGCGCCGACUACAAACAGCAACGGACCGAAGGGAAAUCCUUGACCUUCUCCGUCAUAUCGAAUACCGUGGCGGAUCCACACUAACGGCAAGAGCGAUCGGUGCCGCUCUCCAAGAUUUGCAUCAAAAUCGGAGAAAGGACGCGGAAGGAAUAAUCGUCCUUAUGAACGACGGCUUCUCACAAGACCCGUGGAGUCACGUCCUCAAAGCCGCCAAAGCUAUCGAAAAUGCCAACGUCAAGAGAUUUGGUGUUGCUCUUGGGGCAGAGGCUGAUCUACGAGAGCUGAGUCUGUACAUAGGAGCCCCGGAACGGCUGUACAGAGAUGCGACACGGAAUCGAUUUCUAGAAGACAUGCUGCAUGAAAUCGGCCAGGGUUGCCCGAAUGAGGAGCCCGAGAAGCCAACCCCUCGCCCAAAUCCCUGUGAGCCCGAGCAGCUUGACGUGGCCUUCGUUUUCGAUAAUUCUGUAAAUUCAACCAUCUCAUCCGAGCGAACAGUGAAUGGGAAUAAAUUCCUGCUUCUGGAUAUACUAGGCUCCCUCGUCGGCAUCACUGGGAUUCGAGCCUCCCUAAUCAGCACGGCCACCCCAUCGGUUGUUGCUGAUUUUAGCGAGAUCCUGGAGCGAAAUCGGUUAUUUGUCGCGGCUAAAAACAUCCCGGCCGUCCAGAACGUAGCUGAUUACCAUAAAGCGGUGACCUUUGCACUGAAGGAGCUGAGGAAAAAUGCGAGGAAAUCUUCUCGCAAAGCCCUGAUCGUCGUGGGACCUGGAAGUCUGACUGAGGGCCCGAUUAAUGUAGACAUUCCUUCUGAAAUCACUCGAUAUGCCGUCGACUCAUCCGACAAGUCUUCCAUCAGAUCGCUGGAGAUGCUCACCGGGGCCAGGAAAAAUGUGUUCGAGUUCGAUAGGAACGCCGAGUUCGAGAAGGCGCUGUUGAAGCUGGCCCUGCCUACUAGCCGGAUGUGCAAGGAGCUGCUCAUGAAAAACUUCGAGCCCACCAUCCACCUCAGCAAGAAGGCUAUCCCAGAUGCGGAGGAGACGACCAAGAAAACAACGACUUCAGCGAGCACAACGAGAAGCACGGAGAAGCCGACGACGACGGCAAGAACGACAACCAUCAAGUUGAGGUUAAGCACGACUUCAAGGAGUUCGGCUGCUAUCAGCAUGCUAGAUGUGGAUGAGCAGAGGAUCGAGAACUCGACGCAUUUUGUCAGCGGCUGUCUCCUUGACGUCCUCGUAGUACUCGACGCUUCCGGUAGCGUGGUGGAGACGUUCAUGCGCGAGAAACAGCUCGUCUCCGACAUCCUCAACACGCUCAGGAUUGGACCGAAUAACGCUCGGGUAGCCGUCGUGAAAUUCGCAGCUGAAGGCAAAGUACGACGAGUCUGGGGCUUCGACGACGUCCAGCAAAAAACAGCGAUUCUACGGGCCCUCCACUCGACACCGUUUUCUUCCGGAACUACCGCUGCGCAUUCGGCAUUGCAACGGGCGAUUUCCGAAUAUUCCUCGGCACGUGGGGCUCGACCCGGCCGAGCCACACCUAUCGCCAUCGUCUUCACAGACGGUUUUGCGCAGAAAUCGAUCGGAUCCGAAGCUGCUCAAUUACAGCGGUUGAUUCCGAAUACGUUUGCCGUCGCUAUCAAUCAAAAUCAGCGCAUCAACCGCGACGUGCUGGAGACGAUCGCCGGGUCACGGAGCAGAGUUUUCACCGAUGAGGACAUCCAGAGAUUCCUUGAUACCUUGGCGGCCCAUGCAAAUGAUUGUCGACCG